AUGCUGAAGGAUUGGUGUGUCGAGCUCCAGUAUUAUUCUUUUCAAUGUGAUUCUAACAUCAGUCAGCUCGCCCAUCCCAGGCAUCCAGUUGAAGUCCAGGGAUACGUCGGACUCUUCACGUGGCUUGUCGUUCAGUACGAUGAUAUCGUAGGGCAAAGCAACCAGAUGGUAGGGGAGGCGCUCCUUUUUCAUGAACGUUUAUUCCGAGGCGAGCCCCAGCCAAACAACCUACUUGAGGGAAUUGCCGGCCUUCUUCGCGAAGCCCAUGACCACUUCGACACCGUCCUAGCGAACAUGCUGCAGAUCUCGGUGCUCAAGUUCCUGACGAGUAAUUUGUUGGAACGACACAGCGGUUUUCAACACAUGCCUGUCACACCGGCAGGGCAGAAGUUCCCAGACUUUUAUCGAGACAUGUCGGGCAUGGACCAGGCCUAUGCUGUGUUUUGCUAUCCCAAAGCGCUAUACCCGGAUGUCGGAGCCUUUCUAGAGGCAAUCCCAGACAUGGCUAAUUUUAUUAAUAUCUCUAAUGACGUCUUGUCUUUCUAUAAGGAGGAGCUGGGCGGAGAUACGAGAAACUAUGUUCAUAACCGCGCCACGUGUACUGGCAAGCCAGUGCUGGCUGUGGUAGCGGAAGUAAACCGAGAGUCAAUAGCAUCAGCGAGGCGGGUUGAGCAGAUCCUCAAGGGAAGGGGCAUAUACGAACAGUCCUGGAACGACAGUGUCAGAGGCUAUAUGGCGAUGCAUACGACGAACCCCCGAUACAAGUUGGCCGAUCUAGGAAUCGGCGAGGAGCACCCCCUUGCUCCAUUCGAACACAGGAUCGGCCAAUUGUUCGAGCAAAUGAGCCGAGACGAAUGA